CUAGUACUGUCUCGUGUCAAUCAAGCGCGCCACCGGCCGGGAAGGAUGUGGACGAAAACUAUUGGUCUUGGACUGUUUACAGUUCUUCUGGCUUAUUUAUACGGCAAAUGGCAGGAUUUACAGCGGCAGAGUUUGGACGAACGAGAGCAAAGCAUAAUUGAAUCAUGGGAUGCACUUAUCACAGAACCAAGACGAAAAUUUAGACGAAUUAGUGUUGGGAUCAACUGUAACCUAGAUUUGAUAAUCUCUGGGACAGACCUACUGACCUCCCUAGGUCAGAAUCCUGGUGAAUCUCUAGACAGUGUGUCCUUGGAAACAUUAGAAGAUCUACGCAACACAUUUUCACACUACUUCCAGAAAGGGGCAGCUGCAGAAAGAACUUUUACUGAUAAACAUGUGUACAAGCAAGUGAUUGAGACUGCGAAUAAAUUACCAUCAAAAGAGCACUAUGUAGGUGGAAAUGCAGCAUUGAUGGCAGUAAAAGUAGCUGAACUGUUCCCACAGACAAAGAUUCAGCUGAUAGGUCCAAUAGGUCCAGUAUUGAAAGAUCUUCUUCCUCGCAGUAUAUCCAUACCUGACAGCAGCCAUAUAUCCUCAGACGAGGUACAUCUUAUAAUGGAAUAUGGACUUAAUGAAAAUUGGGGCAGUUUGACAUCACCAGUUGCAAACAGGUUCAUCACAAGCUACGACGAAUCAAACUCAAAGCUUACCUCCCUUAAUAAAUUUUUCUCAAACCACAAACAUUUUGAUUCAGAUUUAAUCUUGCUUAGUGGUUUGCAUUUGUUAGAGACUCAGGGGUUGGCGUUUAUAGUGGAGAAGAUAAACGAGGUGAAGGAAGGUUUAGAGAAGAUACAGUUAGACAUACCGGUACACUUAGAACUGGCAAGCAUGGCUAGUGAAGAAUUGGUGGGAAGUAUCUUGGAUCAGAUUGUUCCAAGAGUUACCUCUCUUGGCUUGAAUGAACAAGAGUUAUCUUUUUCUGCACAUGUUGCUGAUGGACCACAUUUUGAUGACUUUCACACAAGAACAGGACAGCCAGAAAUACAUAAAAUUAGUGAUAUGAUUUUAUGGCUGCUUAAAACGUAUGGCUAUUCGAAACAGAAUCCUACUUCUAGACUGACUCGUGUACAUUUUCAUUCUUUAACUUACCAUAUAGUUGGUACCCUUCCAAGUGCAUGGCAUAAUACAAAGUCAGCUGUAGCAGCAGGAACCAGAAUGGCAGGGAGACAAGCUUGUGAUUCUAAACAGUUAACUCCCCCUGAAAUUGAGUUACGAAUUCCAAAAACAUUUCAGUUGUUCUCAGGGGACGAAGGUCAUACAUUUGACGAAAAUAAUCCAGUUUUAUCAUGGGAGAAAGAAGGAUUUCAGUUUGUAUUUAGUCCAGUAUUAGUUUGUAUAUCACCGUUAAAAACUGUAGGCUUAGGAGAUUCCAUAUCAGCAACAGGCUUGAUGUAUUCUGAUUUUGAUAUUUCAUAUCGUGAGCCAUAAAACUCGGGAAGAAAAUCUCAGAUUGAAUAUUUAUAUUCACAUGCUCAGAAGUUAUAAAUAUCUUAGUAGAAAAAUUACAGUAUUUUGAUUAUGUUGCUGGUUGUUUGGAAUGAAAAUUAUAAUCAAUAUUAUAGAAUAAUUAUGUCUCCCACCACACAGAGUGGGAGACAUUUUGAUUUACUGCUGUGUGUGCAUGCGUCUCUGUGUCUGUUACAAAGCUUGUCUGCGCUCUAAGUCGAACAUUUCUCAUCCGAUCUUCUUCAAACUUGAACAAAAUAUGUUUGCCAAUAAGUCCUUGGCCAAGUUCGAUAAUUAGAUAAAUCGGCCCAGGCACUUCAGAAUUGAUGCGCUUGAACAUAAUUACCGAUACACAGAUGUAGACCGGUUACUCCAACAUGUGAAUACCAAUAGGCCGCUUACUCAAACAGGUAAACAGUAUAUAGAGACAGACUUACUAUUCAGAUGAUUAGGCAGUUGUUGGAGACAUGCGCUUUUCUCAAAAGCACCUCUAAAUUUUUUUUAUGUUGGUUUUGAACCUGCAAACUGAAACUAUUUUCGCUUAUAUUCCAAAUGAAAUAUAUAGCUUCAAAUCUCUUAGUAAUGAUACUUAGUUUAAAGGGUCACAUUGCCUUUGUUUGAAAUGUGAUAAUGUUUACAAAAUAUAUGCAAGUUAGACUGUGAACAAGAUGUGUUAUAUGCUCAUAACUUUAGUUUUAGGUUGCUUAGAUUCUUGGAUUUUUUUUUUUAAACUAAUGUCAAUACCAUACCGUCGUGUCAUUUUUCCUUUGAAAGGUCUUCAUAAUAUUAACAAAAAUGCAGAUUUUAAUUUUAUUAUGUAAAUUCAGCAUUUGACUAAUAUUAUUUUCUCUUUUAUACUUUAAUUUCUGAGUAUUACGGAAUUAGAUUUCAAUGAGCGAUUGGUGACGGACGUAAGUUAAUGUAAACAAUAUCAAGUAUUAGCAUCACCAUUUUCAAACCAAGUGUCUUCAGAUCUUAUAUAUAUGAUUGAACUUACGAAGUAGACGGCCACCGUUGUUUUAGGGGUCAGUAGGUCAAAGGUCUAGGUCACGUGGACCUGAACCUUGAAAACGGUUUCUGCCCAAUUACUUGAGAACCACUCUACCCAGAACUUUCAAACUAGAUAGCAUGAUUGGACUUUUGAAGUAGAUGACCCUUAUUGUUUUUGGUAUCAGUAGAUCAAAGGUCAAUGUCACAUUGCCUGAACAUUGAAAACAGUUUACCCUCAAUAACUUGAGAAUCACUUCACCUAGAACCCUCAAACUUGAUAGCAUGAUUUGACUUAUGAAGUGGAUGACCCCUACUGGCUGGAACCUUACAUUUCUGUGCAAUAACUUGAGAACCACUUGACCCUGUAUCUUAAACCUUGAUUGGGCUUAUAAAGUUGAUGACACCUAUUGUUUUUGGGGGUUAGUAGGUCAAAGUUCAAGGCCAUGGUGAUCACAGAACAGAAAAUGGGGUAAGCCAUCAUGGAGGGCGUAUGUGUUUUACAAACAGCUCUUGUUUAUUAUUGGCUUGAGUGUGUUUAAAGUAAAGAUGAGUCCUUUUGUAUUCAUUUAUGUUGGACAGGAAUUCUGAAAGGACCAUAAUUUUGACAGGGUUUUGAUAUGUUUAUUUUUAUGUUUCCCCUUAGAAGAGGAGGGGGGUAUGCUGUUUUGCUUAAUGUCUGUUGGUUGGUCGCUAGACUAUUUGGUUUCUGAUCAAUAACUAGAGAAAGCUUUGUUUCGUAAGGGUCAAACUUCAUAGGAUAAUUGACUGUGGUCAGUAGAUGGGGCCAAUUAUUUUUGGUCAGUAGGUUUAAGGUCAGUGUCCCAAUGACCUUGAUACUGAAAACUGUGUCCACUCGUUAACAAAAAUGCUUUGACCUACAAUCCUCAGACUUUAUAGGAUGAUUGCCUGUGGUCAGUAGAUGAUGCCUAUUAUUUUGGGUCAGUAGGUUAAAGGUCAAGGUCACAGUGACCUUGGUACUGAAAACUGUUUCCACUCAAUUACCAAAUAUGCUUUGGCCUACAAUCCUCAAAAUUUAUAGGAUGGUUGCCUGUGGUCAGUAGAUGGCCCUUGUUGGUUUGGGGGUCAGUUGGUCAAAGGUUGAGGUCAUAGUGACAUUGAGACUGAAUAAGUUUCAGCUCAAUAACUAAAGAAUGCUUUGUUCUUCAGUAGUCAAACUUCAAAGGAUGACAUCCUGUGGUUCGUAGAUGACCCUAAUGUUUUUGGGAGUCAGUAGGUCAAAGGUCAAGUCUGGACUGAAAAUAGUUCACACUCCAUAAAUAAAGAAUCCUUUGGCCUACAGUAUUCAAACUUUGUAGGAUAAUUGCCUGUGUUCAGUAGAAGACCCAUACUGUUUUAGUGAUCAGUUGGUCAAAGGUCAAAAAAUUAUUUGGUCAAAAGUCAAGGUCACAGCAUAGAAACUGCAUACCCACUUGCUUCUGAGGGACAGGUUAUGUGUUUUGCAGAUGGCUCUUAUUUAUUAUUUACUCAGUGUUUGUCAUUCUUUUAAAAUAUGACAUCAUAAAAUGGAACAAUGUUUAGUUGAGAAUAACUUUUGAGAAGUAUUUAACUUUUUUCAUGCAUUCAUUCAAAUAUACAAAGCCAGUACAAAUAAGUACAUUGUCACAGAAGGUAUAGUGUUUAAAAAGUCUGUAGAAAUAUAGAUUUCCGAUAUUUUAAUUUAUUAUAUACCUAUAUAAAUUCUGUAAAAUAUUUGGCUUGUAUUUCACAAGUAAAUAUGAACAGGCAGAAAAAAAAUUUGGCUUGUACCUUUUGUAUUGUAUGUUGCCAGACUACUUUCAUUAAUAUGCAUGACCUGACACAGUUCUGUAAGUAGCGCACAUAAAAACUUCACUAAGUACCAUUUUAACAUCGAUAAACAUUUAAGAUUUCGUUCAACAACAAAACAGCAAACAAAAAGGUGGAGGUUAUAAUAAAAGUGUCAUUAUAACAGUAGCUAGAUCUGGGAUUUUGUAUUCGUCUCUCGUGGAUUUUGCAAGGUCGGAUCACACUCAGCGCUUGCGCACCUCAUGAGAUCCGAUCUGGCAAAAAUCCUUUUGAGCCAAAUACAGCAUCCCAGAUCAAGCUACUGUUAUAAUAACCCUAUUAUAUCAUGAUGCAGUCUGAAGAGGCUGAUGUCUUGUUUAUUUGGAGGUAAUUCCUGACCUUUAUUCUAGCGUUACCUAGUCUGAUUUCCUGUUUUAACAAAGAAGAUUGAAAACUUUACUUUAUUAUGUGAUAAAAUUAUUGUUUGUAUGUCAUUGUAAAUAUGUCACAGUGCCAUAGAAACCCAUUAAAAAUGAAAAUACAU